AUGGAGUGCGACAAUCAAACGGGGGUUUACCAUUUUAUCAUUGUUGGGUUCCCUUACCCUCAUGACCUCCAGUUUCUUUUGUUUGUCUUCUUUCUACUGAUCUACCUAAUGACCUUCCUAGGAAACCUCCUCAUCCUCUUGGCAGUGGCCUUUGAACCCCACCUGCACAAGCCCAUGUAUUGGUUCCUUUGCCAUUUAUCCUUCUUGGACCUGACCGUAUCCUCUGUGGUGGUACCCAAGGUGGUGGCUGGAUUCCUGGAAGGGAGAGGCAUCAUCUCUUUUGGUGGCUGUGUGACCCAGCUGUUCUUCUUCCACUUCCUGGGAUGCACUGAAUGCUUUCUUUACACGGUGAUGGCCUACGACCGCUUCCUGGCCAUCUGCAAACCACUCCGCUAUGGCAACAUCAUGAACCACAAAGCUUGCCUCUGUCUCUCCUUGGGAACCUUGUUUGGUGGCUCUGUGCACUCGAUGAUACAAACCACCCUCACCUUCCACUUGCCCUACAGCCAUGGCAAUCAAGUAGCUUACAUCUUCUGCGACAUCCCAGCUGUCUUGAAAUUAGCCUGCGCUGACACCAGGUUCAAUGAGAUGGCCACCUUUGUAGACAUUGGUUUCUUGGCCAUGACUUGCUUCCUCCUUAUCAUUACCUCCUACAUUUACAUCAUCUCAGCUAUUCUCAGGAUUCGUCAUGUGGAAGGACGACGUCGGGCAUUCUCCACUUGUGCUGCGCACCUCACUGUGGUGGUGACUUACUAUGUUCCCCUGGUGUUCAUUUAUCUCCGUCCAGGGUCCCGAGACCCAUUGGAUGGAGUGGUAGCAGUCUUCUACACCACAAUUACGCCACUCCUAAAUCCCAUCAUAUAUACCCUUAGGAACAAAGAGAUGAAAAAUGCAUUAAGAAAACUCUGCCUGUGGCGUUUGCUGACACCCAGUUAA